GCAAGCCGCCCUACACAAUCAUCAUGACGUCAUGUAAUCAUAUCGUAAAAUCCAAAGCUCCACGUCAAGAAAAAAAAAGUGAGAGCACUUCCCAACUCUCUUCAAUCCGAUCACGUUCUCUCCCCUUGUAUUCCAUUAAUUCUCAGUUUGUCUUCCACUUAUUUCUCAAGCCUCACCAGAUUCAUAACCCAGCUCCUUCUGCCAACAUAACCAAUUGUCCAAUCUUUGACGAAAAAUUCCAUCAUUCCAACGUUUUUAAACAUAUUUUACUGUGUAAAUUGUGUUCAUCUGAGUCUUUUGGGGUGCAAAUUCUGUAAUUCAAUCCGUGAUCGCCUCCAAUGAGCGUUGACUUUGUUGGGUCAAUGACCAUCUACAUGCGAAUUUUGAGAUUUUGGAGCUAGGUUUUUUUGCUUCCUGGCCUUUUUAUGAUCUGGGUUGAAAUGGGUUUUUCCAGAAAUCUUUUUCUUGUGAACCCAGUGCUGUAGGGUUGAUUAGCUUUAGUUUAGGGCUUCUAAAGUCCUCGUUUUUUUUUUCUUUUCCCUUUAAUAUGAUUUCCAGUCAAUUGUUUUAGCUUAGGGUUUAGUUUAGAGUCUCUCAAGUCUUUUCUUUUAAUUAAUUUAUUUAUGAACUGGGUGGGAACGGGAUUGUUGAGAAACCACUUGAUCUCCACUCAAUAUGCUUGUUCCUAUGCUAUGGAGUUGAUUGGCUGAUUGAUGAUGCUUUGAGUAUUUCUUUUGUCUUUCUGUUUAGUUAUCUAUGGAUGGAAAUGGUAAAGAGUGUAAGAAUGGUAAAGAGUGUAGUAAUGUGAAGAACUGCAGUGAGAGUAAGCCCAGAGUUAGUGUAGGAGACUCAGAAAAAGUUGAAUUGAAUGGGGAAAUCCAUGAGGAUAACGAGACGCAGUCUUUGUUGCCACCUGGCCCACCUCGACGGGGUGGAUUAUCCAAGAAGUCGGGGAAUCCACAGCGGAAGGUCCAGUGGAAUGAUAUAAAUGGGAAUAAGCUUGCAGAGGUAGUUAUAUUCCAACCAAGCGAUGUUAGUGACUCUGACGACGAGGAUUCAGAUUCUUGCAUGUGCGCCAUCAUGUAGAUUUUAUUUAGCAUGCCAACUGAUCAGCAAUAUCUUCUGGCUGAAGUUAGGGAUUCAUCUCCAACACCUCAAUGUGCAGAUUUUUGUGAAAAAGUUUGACACCAUUUCUAGUUUCCUGCUGCAAGCCUCUCAAGUGCAUCAACAAAUGUGUCUUACAUCCACGGUUGAAUUGUCUGAUGACCUGAGCUGGACCGGUUGCUGGUUAUGUUUCUCCCUGCUGCAAGUGAAAGCAGAUAAAGAUGGUGACUAUCUCAUCCCCUUGAUGCGUACUAUAUCAGUGAAAUAUAUUUUUUAGUUUCGUAAGCCAAAAUAUUAGAUUUGUGCUCGAUAAUUGUUCAACAGUAUACAGUGUAUGACAUCCUAUACAUGAAAUGGAGGUUUCAAUUCUUAUAUUUCA